AUGGAGCUCGUCCACGGACCCCGACGCUGGGGUUAUAAAACGCCUUCAGGCUGGACUCGGAUCCUUUCUCCCGCUAGUUUUUUUGGUUUUGUAAACAGCAACAUUCAAAUAGUCCCCACGGCCGAUGUCCUCAUCGUCUUCUCCAGAGAAGAUCAGCAGAUACUGGGACUGGGAAUCCCGGAAGCAUCACACAUUUACUCUGUGACCGUGUCCUUGGCUAAAAAACUGCUCCUCUUCUUGCGGCUGAGGUCCCGGCAGCCGCGGCGGCCGCUGGCGCGCUCCGCCGCCAGGCAGAAGUCCCGGAAGGCCCGCGCCACGUCGGCCAGGCCGGCCGCCGCCUCGCCGUUGCGGCGGUCGCAGCGCUGGCAGCCGGAGAGGCGCAGGCAGACGCCGGCCAGCUCCACCAGCGUGCGGAAGCUGCCGGCCAGCGCCCGCAGCAUGUCGGGGGGGCUCUGGCCGCCGGCCGCCGCCCGCUGGCAGCCCGCCGUCAGCCGCCGCGCCUCCAGCUGCAGCAGCCGCUUGCUCUCCGUGAAGUGGCGGGGGCAGGCGUCCCGCGGGUGGCGCCCGCCGCGGCGGUCGGCCGGCCCGCCCUCCAGGGCCCCCAGCAGCUUGUCCACGUCCAGGCGGAGCAGCUGGAAGCCCCCGGGGGGGUCCGGGUACUCCCCCCGGCCCAGUUGGCCCAGGGGGUCUGGGUCUGGGUCGGUGGAUAAGGGCGAGAGCAGGGGGCUGAGCUCGGAGGAGAAGAGGAUGGAGCGCGGGAAGGAGGGGGAGUGGGCGGAGGGGGGGGGGGGGGAAGGAGGGGGGGGGGGGGGGGGAGGUGAUGAGGGGGAGGCCCCCGGCGGAGAUCUGGGCGCGGCAGGAGAACUCGUAGACGGUCAGCUCCUCGUCGAAGGCGUCCUCCUCCCCCCCGAAGCAGUUGGUGUAGGCGGGUGGGCAGCCGCAGGCCUCCAGGGGGGGCUGCACCCCCUCCGCCAGGGACUCGCACCCGGACGCCAGCGCCGGGCCGCAGCCAAAGCCGGGCUUCAGCGGCGGGGCGGGCCCCCCCCCCCGGGCCGGAGCCUCGCAGACGGUGGACACCCUGCAGCCGGCGGAGAGCCCCCCCGGCUCUGCGUCGUCACCACCACCGCGGGAGGGGCCGGACCUGGGGGAGGGCUCGUUUUAGUUGGAGAACCCAGAGGGGAGCUGGUUUUGGUGGGAAAACCUAGAGGAGGGUUCGUCUUAGAAGGAGAACCUAAUGAGGAGCUUGUUUUGGUAGGAGAACCUAGAGGGGAGCUGGUUUUGGUGGGAAAACCUAGAGGAGGGCUCGUCUUAGUAGGAGAACCUAAAGAGGAGCUUGUUGUGGUAGGAGAGCAUAGAGGAGGGUUUGUUUUGUUAGAAGAACCUAGAGGAGGGUUCGUUUUGGUAGGAAAACCUAGAAGAGGGUUCGUUUUGGUAGGAAAACCUAGAGGAGGGUUCGUUCUGGUAGAAGAAUCUAGAGGAGGACUUGUUUUGGUAGGAGAACCCAGAGGGGAGCUUGUUUGGGUAGGAAAACCUAGAGGAGGGCUCGUCUUAGUAGGAGAACCUAAAGAGGAGCUCGUUUUGGUAGGAGGACAUAGAGGAGGGCUUGUUUUGGUAGAACAACGAAAACCUAGAGGAGGGCUAGUCUUAGUAGGAGAACCUAGAGGGGGGUUUGUUUUGGUAGGAGAACCUAAUGAGGAGGUUGUUUUGGUAGGAGAACCUAGAGGAGGGCUGGUUUUGGUAGCAGAACCUAGAGGAGCGCUAGUUUUGCGUGGCGUCCGAAUCGUCCGACUCGGCAGAGUCCCCCUCCGCGCCGGCGUCCAGGUCCAGCGUCUGCGUGACGUCGUGGACGUCCGUCACGCUGAUGGUGACCUCUGGGAGGCCCCUCUGGCCGCCCUCCGCCGGGCUCUGGGCGGGGCUCUGGGCGGGGCUUUGGGCGGGACUCUGGGCGGGGCUCCCAUCCCCGGCCCGGUUCAGGCCGUCCUAUACAGGGGCAGACUCUGGAUCUUCCCCCUGAGCGUGGAGGCGGACAGCCGGCCCAUGAAGGCGGGCGAGCAGGUCUGGAACAGGAAGUGGGCGGCGGCCGCCGGCUCCCUGGAGGCGUCGUGGAAGCUCUGGACUGGAUCCGGGGGGGCGCUCUGGGGCGGGGCCUCGGUUUUCAGCCCUGAGGUGAAGGUCGGGGACGUGAUGCUGGUGGCGGCGCCCAGCUUGGCCGUGAUGGCGUUGAUGGCCAGACCAUCGUUUGAGGAGCUGGAUUCAGCGUCUUCGUCCUCCUCAUCCUCGAAGACGUCGUCAGAGUUGGUGCUGUCCGUUACCGUGGAUUCGGGGGCCUCCUCGUCCUUCAUGCUGGGGGCCGCUGCUGGGUGGGGCUGGGCGUCGGGGGCCUGGUCACCUCCCUCUGGGCUCUCGUCCUCCUGUUCUGACUCGAGUCGUGGACGGGUGGCAGAGGGGAGGGCGGAGGGGGGGCAGGGGGAGGACAGGAUCCGGGCGACCGGGAAGCCGGAGCCUCGGCCCCUAAAAGCGGCCUCUCCACGCUGGGGGAAAGUCCCCUCAGGCCCUCUGUCCUGCCCCCCCCCCUGCUCGCUCCUCUGGGGGGCGGCGGGCAGGAACAUGUGGCUGGAGAACGGCCCUUUCAGGCUGGACGGGUCCUCCUUCCCCGCCCCGUCCCGUCCCUCCCCCUCCUCCUUUCCGUCGCCCCGCCGGUCGGCGCUCUCCUUCCCGUCCGGGUCCACCCGACAGCGGACCACGGUGAUGGUGGGGGGGGCCGCCGCCACCAGGUCCGUCACCGAUUUGGACUCCAUGGUGUCCGGCUCCAUCUCCAUCUCCUGUUUCCUGGAGGGGGAUUUCAGGUCCGGCCCCGGGGGGUGGGCUUUGGAGGGGAUGGGUUUGGCCUCCAGCUGGGCCGGCUCCCCCUCGGCGUGCGUGAGCGAGGAGACGGUGGGACUCGGGUUCUGGCUCUGCUCGGAGGGCUCCGGGUCCGAGGCCAGCAUCUGGCCGUGGUUCACCCCGGCCGAGACGUGUCCGAGGAGCCGGUCGGAGGUCGGGUUGUGCUUGGAUUCCGGAUCCGGGUCCGGAUACGGAUACGUCACCCGGGAGGUGAAGUCGGUCUCCAUGAAGGAGCGGCGCUUCCGGGACCUUUUCCGGAGGUGCAGCAGCGUUUCCCGGCCGCCCCCCUCCUCCUCCGGCGCCGGCCUCCGGUCAGCGGCCGGCUCACCGUCCUCCACCGACACGCUGAUGUCGUUCAGGCUCAGCGUGCCGAGGAGGCCCAGCCUCAUCCGGUCACCUCUGGGCACGGCGCCCGACGUGGGGUCCUCAGGUGAGGUGAAACGGUCCCUGGCGUCGAAGAACUCCUCGUCCGAGCUGCUGUCCCCAAAGCCGGGGGGCGGGUGGAGGAUGGGGACGGGCUCCGGGUCCUCCUGGGCAUCCGGGUCCCCCUGGUCCCCCUGGUUCUCCUGGUUGUCCUGGUUCUCCCGGGCCUCCUGGGCCCCCUCCCCCCAGCCCCCCCGCAGCUCCAGGUGCUGUGGGCGGGGCAGGCUGCGGGCGCUGUCGGGGCGCGCGUCGCUCUGGCUGAAGCUGAACACGAAGUCCGAGUGGGAGGAGGGCGAGGACGGCGAGGCGGAGGCCCCGCCCCCUUCGCCCGCCGCUCUCCGCACGCCGCCGCCGCUCUCCCUCCUGUCCUCCUCCUGCUCCUCCUCCUCGUCCUCCUCCUCGCUGGCCUCGGGCGGGCUGGGCAGCAGGUCCACCAGCAGGGAGAGCUCGGCGAAGCACAAGGAGCUGUCGUCCGGGCCGAGCGGCGAGGGGGCGGAGCCUAAGCCGGGCGCCAGGAGGCGGGGGUCCGCCCCGUCGCCCGACCUCCUGCAGCCUCCUCUUCCUCCCGGCCUGCCCACGGCCGGGAGCUGGAUGAGGGGGUGCGAGUGGGCGGGGGGAGGGAGCAGGAACUGGAGGGGGAGGGGGGGGCAGGAGUUCGUCUGUGAGGAGGGGCGGGCGGAGGAAGAGGAGCAGGAGACCAGGUCGUCUUCCUCCAGGGCGUCCAGGGAGUCGCUGGAGGGGCUGGAGUCGGAGGCCUCGGACACAGACACCGGCUCCUCCGCCGCCCCUCCGCCUUUUUGUCCCUGCGGGUUGCCGUCCACUAUCUGGAUCUGGACCGGCUCCUCGCCGUUCGUCUCCGGGGGAACCGUCUCCUUUUCGGUGCCGGCGUCCUUCUCCUCCGGGCACUUGGGGCCCUCCCGGGCUUUGUCCAGCUUCUCCCGGCCGUCCCUGGUUCUCCACCGGUGCCGGUCUUUCCGUUUCCGGCCGUCCGGGUCGGAGGACGAGCGCACGCGUGGGCGGGGCCUGUCGUCCUGGGACGCCAGGCUGAGCAGCGGCUCCGCGUCCAGGUCCGAGGAGGAGUCGGAGUCGCUUCCACACCGAGACACGUAA